GAGUCCCCGCCCUGCGCCCGGCCCGGCGGCGGAGGGAGGGCGGAAGGACGGACGGGCUGGCGGGCAGCGGGCAGCGUCCCGUCCUGCCCCGUUGCUGCCGCCCCCGGGGACGGGGGCGCACGGCCGCGAUGUGAGAGGAACGGGUGCGCGGCGGAGCCCGCCCCUGGGGCGGCGGGGCCGGAUCGGCUGUCCGCCGUGCCGUGCCGCGCUGCAGGCGCUGCAGGUCCGCGGCGGCGGGCGGGCUGCAACAAGCCGACGCCGGCCGCCCGCCGGCGGCCCCGCCAUGGGAGCCGGGCGCGGGGUGAGGCUUGUAGCCCCGAGCCGCCGGCGGGGCUGAGCCGGGCUCCAGCGCAGGGACUGUGGAUCUGUGAAGUGCUUCCCUCCGAUGUGAAUGCAGUGUCCCCUGUGGGAUGCAGUAGGUGAUGCCCAGCUCUACUGCAAUGGCAAUUGGAGCUCUCUCUAGUUCUCUUCUCGUAACCUGCUGCCUCAUGGUUGCCCUCUGUAGCUCCACCAUACCUGUACAAAAACUGGCCAAGGCUCAAGACAAACAGGAGAUAAAGGCGAGCCAGGAAAAGAGGGAUCAUACGUCUACAAGGGACAGCCAGACAGGCCCAGGGAAAAUGAAUGAGAUCAGCAGGAGCGGGAGGGAGGAGGGGAGCAGGGACUGGAAGAGCAAAGGAAACAGGAACUACUCGAACAAGGAGUCUUGGACUAAGCAAAAGCAGGCUUGGAACAGCCAGGGGACGGGCAGUAAAUCCGGUAGUGUUGCAAUGCAAGAGCAAAGGGACGCUGCUCCCGAGGAACCUCAGGUGGCUGAAGAUUCGUCUCUCCCAGAAGCUGUUGCGAGUGUCACUCCUGAGCCCCCAGAGGAGUACGCCUACCCGGACUACCGUGGGAAAGGCUGUGUGGACGAGAGCGGCUUUGUCUAUGCCAUCGGGGAGAAGUUUGCGCCUGGCCCCUCUGCCUGCCCCUGCCUGUGCACUGAAGAGGGCCCGCUGUGCAUACAGCCCGAGUGCCCCCGGCUGCACCCGCGCUGCAUCCAGGUGGACACCACGCAGUGCUGCCCGCAGUGCAAGGAGAGGAAGAACUACUGCGAGUUCAGAGGGAAAACCUACCAGACGCUGGAGGAGUUCAUGGUUUCUCCAUGUGAGAAGUGUCGCUGUGAAGCCAAUGGUGAAGUGCUGUGCACUGUCUCAGCUUGCCCCCAGACUGAGUGCGUGGAUCCUGUGUAUGAGCCCGAUCAGUGCUGUCCUAUCUGUAAAAAUGGUCCGAACUGCUUUGCAGAAACCAUUGUCAUUCCAGCAGGCCGGGAGGUGAAAACUGAUGAAUGCACUAUAUGUCACUGUACUUAUGAAGAAGGCACUUGGAGAAUUGAACGGCAAGCUAUGUGCACUAGACAUGAAUGCAAACAAAUAUAGGAAAUCUACAAAUCUAAGUACUUUUCGUGGUUUUUAUAAAAUAUCUCACAGCAGUGAGCACCCUAGAUGACCCAGGGAAGUCUGAAUGAGAAGAUUCUGGUGAGGAGCAAAGAAUAAAAUAUUGAUAUUUUCUUUUUCACAGUAACAUAAUACUGCAAGGCGAAGAAGUGCAUAUAUUUAAAACGUUUGGACAUAAGAAUACCUGUCUUAAUAAAUGUGUUAUUUUCACAGUGAGUACACUAAAAUACACUCUAUAAAAUAUUCUAUGUAUUUCUAUAAUAUCAUUAUAGAUCUUAAAAAUAAAUGUUUUAUAUAGACAAUACAGAUUAAAGUACUGUAUCAUUGCCUGUCCUGUUGUAUACAUGCGCCAUGGCUAAAACAUUACAUUUCUGUUCUAGUUUCAUCAUGUGAGGGUUUUCUUGGAGGUUUUUUGGUUUGUUUUAGGUUUGGGGGUUUUUUUGCUUAUUUUCAGUUUAGUGGGCCAGGAAAGAACCAGCAUAUGACAAAAAUGUGACAUUCUUGCUUUUGAAGAGAAUGGAGUAGAAUAUGCUUUCAGAGAAUAUCGCUGUAGUGUAGAGCUGGGUCAGUUCCUUCUUUCAGUUCCACUGGUGCAUACCUACUGGUCCAUUGCCAAGAUAACUUGGAGCAGUGGCUAAUACAAAACUGCUCUCUCAUAGCUGCUGUUAUAAAAAUUUAAUCUGACAAUAUCAUUCUCUAAUAUUCAGUUCAAACAUAACAUUUCAGCAAGACAAAUUUCUCUAUGACAUAAUAUAGCUGGUGGAAAUUAUGGUAAGUAAUCACAUAGCAUUGUUAAUGUAAUGCAUAAUGAAUGUGGAGCAGUGCAGCGUGGAAGAGCUAGAGCAGCCAAACAAGCUUCCAGUGAUGUGGCUCCAUGUUGUUAAUCCACAGGCAGGACAGCUGGUUAGUAGCUGCACUGUUCCCUAGACCUUGCUCUUGCUACCUUGCUCGUGCUGGUUCAACUUUGGGGUUUUCUCUGGCAUCUGUAUGAGGUGUGCGACACUGUGUUGAGGAAACAGGUUUAGAACCAAGUCUUUGAAUCCCUCAAAGGGUUUCUAGCACAGAAGCUGACCCUGACUACUUGUGAGGUGAAUCACAUCUCCCUGCUUCAGCCACCAGCAGCCUUUGCUUAGAUGCAUUUUGGGUUUAGUUUAGCUUGUCACCAACUCCUGCAUUACAUCUGCUCAAUACCGGUUAAAGCUGAAGAAAACAAACAUGCUCUUACCUUUAAGCUUUUGCUAGAGAGAGGACUUAAUGAUUAGCUGAAAACAGGAAACUAUUGCUUAAAUUCCCAGCUACCCUUUGCUACUUACUUCUGUGGUGUAACCUGGUUAGCCAGUCUGCAGCCAUAUGUAUGAUUUUUCUCAUACUUCUAAAGACCAUGGUACUUUUGCCAGUGGCUUCAGUGGAUCCCAGUUAUCACCUUACGUCUGUGUUUUGAGCAUGUGUCUGUCUGCAACUGGGCGUUAUUUUCCCCAGUGAUGGUACAGGAGAGGAAGAGGAGUGACAAAACGCAAAAAUCAAGGAGCUGUCUCUUGCACAGUCCAUCCUGUGGCAAAGACAUGCAUAGUAUUUGUCUAGUUACAAAGAGAGGGAAAGACAUUAUUUUAUUUAAAUAGUUUCUAAUCACACAAAAACCAAGUAACCCUGAAACAGAUGUGCGUGUAUGUAAACAUUGUACUGAAAAUGCUGUUCUCCAGUAGCUGGAAUUCCUAGCAUGUGUCUUUUGAGAUCCUUUUUCUGUUUAUCUUUUUUAUGUAGUAAGGUCAUAAUGAGCUUUGGAACUCCUUUAUGCUGAGAUCACUGGCCACAUGCAGUUUUCGCCAGUAGUAAAAUCACAGAAUCAUAGACUGGUUUGGGUUGGAAGAACCUUAAAGAUUACCUAGUUCAACCCCACUGCCAUGGGCAGGGACACCUUCCACUAGACCAGGUUGAUCAAAGCCCCGUACAACCUGGCCUUGAACACUGCCAGGGAUGGGGCAGCCACAGCUUCUCUGGGCAGGUAUUACCACAUAAACGCUCUUUGGUUGUCCCUGAGAUGGGGAAAUGAGCGGAGUGACUCUUUUUGGGCAGCUCUCACCAGCCUCGCCCAGUUGUGGAACCACAGCUGGCAUGCAGUGUGUUAUGGGUUAACCCUGGUAGGUAGCUAAACACCACACAGCUGCUUACUUACUUCUCCACCACCCACCCCAGUGGGACAGGGAAAAAGAAGAGGAAGAAAACUCAUGGAUGAGGAAGAAAAGAGGAAGAAAACUCAAGAGGAAAAUGAUUUAAUAAGCAAGGAAGUGGAAGAAAAAUGAAAAAAGAAUAAAAAAAAGAUGCAAUAGUAAUUGCUCACCUCCUCCCAUGUGCAGACCAUGGGAGUUGACAGCCAGCUCCCAAGCAACAGACAACUGACCUUACCUAAACCUCGCUCCUCUCCGUUUUACUGCUGGGCAGGACAUUAUGUGGCAUGGAAUACCUCUUUGAUUAGUUCAGGUCACCUGCCUGGUUGUGUCCCCUCCCAAGCUCUGGUGCAGCCCCGCUCUACUUGUUGGGAGUGAAUGAGGAACAAGGACGACCUUGACCCUGGGCACACACAUUGUUCAGCAAUAGCCAAAAUACUGGUGGUGUGUUAUCAGCCUUGUUUUGGUCACAAAUCUAAAACAGAGCACCAUACCACCUACUGUGAAGAAUAAAUCCAUCUGGGCCAGACCCAGUACAAGGUGAUACCAUCAGCAACCCCAGCACAGAAGGGAACACGCUAAAAGACCCCGAAAGCCAAGUUCCAAGAGGUGAUGGAACCAAGCACUGCAUAAGCCUUUGGCAAUGAAGCUGGGGAGCCAAGAUUUGCAGUCUGCUGUGUCAUGUCACUUCACAGAGACAAAGGCUUAAAACAGAAACCUUCCUUUCUAAGAGUGGAAAAUGAAAAUGUGGAAAAUAAAAGAUUAAAAUUUCUAAAAAGAGCCAUUGUGGAAUGCAGUUGGAAACUAUUUGCCUUUAAGCUAAUUUCUAAACAAAAAAAAAAAAAAAAAAAGAACUGCCGUGGUGGCCACAGGUACUUACCUAAAUAUUA